AGCGCGGGAGCUGACCGCGGGCCUCCCCCUCCUUCUCAUUCAACACCACCUGGGCGUCCGAGCCAUGCUGCUCUCACUCGGUCUCACCCUCUGGGCCGGUGAUGGCGCCAGCGACGUCGAGUGGGAGAGGGGGCGGCAGGGGGAGGAGGACAGACCCAGAGGAAGACCUCCUUGCGCUGCAGGGCCACCCAGUUAAACAACACAGCCUUCAGGAGGUUGUCAAGGGCGAAGAGGUUCGCCGACGUGCAUGCCGUAUGGUCCAGCGCAAACAGGGCAACGCCGCGCACCGCAUUGGCGACUCUCUCGCGCAGGCUGGCGACGAUUUCGUCCGUGAGUGAGCCGGAAGCCUCGCCGCUGAUGGCCUUGAAAUUAAACAGCUGCACGAAAUAGUGGUUGUCAACGUACUGACCCAUGUCUGCAGUGGUCACAGACAGCACACACAAGACAUAUAUGUACGCCUUCCUCUUGUCGCUGUGCAGUGUGUGUGAGACGUUUGCAGCCUACAUUCGGGUUGACAGAUGUCCAUCCAGGGCAUGGCCAUGAACACGCACUCCUUCUCCGAAAC